AUGGCACCGCCGGCCAAGAAGCAGAAGGUCAACAACUCAAAGUCUCUCAUAGUCUUCCAAUCACCCGGUCUCAAGCCAGAUGUCUCCCUGAAGGUCUUCGACGUUGAGUUUCACGUCAACUCAACCCUGCUGAAGCUUCAUUCUGCAUUCUUUCGCACGUUUCUUGAUUCGGCCGAUAAGGUUACCUCAGCUUCGACCAAUAUCACCGCCAAUGCUGAUUCCGGAAGUGGUUCAACUUCUGAUACUACCCCGCCUGAGGCCUCUGCUACAAGAGAGUCUAUGGUUUAUGGUGAAAUGAAAUACAAGUGGGUCACGAAGGUUGACGAAGGUGAGAAGGACAAAUGGCAUCUCGUCGCGGACAAUCCGAAGGCGGAAAUGUUCGAGAAACUUCUGUCCAGCGUCUAUCUUAGGCCAUACAGCAUCGAUUCCAUCCUCAAACUCACGGACUUGACUGAUAUGGCGGACUAUUACCGGAUGCUACCAAUUGUCUCUCACACACUCUCAAACGCCCUCCUCGACAGCCAGGAGUUUAUAAAACAGAUAAAUACAAACCCCUGUGUCGUUUUCAAAGCUGCCGCUAAGCUGCGCCACAAAGUCCUUUUCAGAGAGGCUCUCGUCUGGGUUGUCGCUGACUGGAGGUUUCCGGCUUUCAAGGAGGAUGGAGAGCUUCUCAAUCCCAGACUUCGACAAGUUGCCAGAUGCGUUUAUGGUGAAAUAGCCACAAUGGUUUCAAGAUCUACCAGCAAAAUUAUGGAUGGCUUUCUUGCCGCUGGAUGCACCGAAUGGUUGGAGAGCUUUGGCAAGGGAGUCAUUGACCCACAGAAAGAGGAGCAUUGGGACGCAUGUGACCUGUAUCUAUCCGAUCGACCGGCUUUGAGUUUGCCAAAGUUCUUCCAAAACAUAGUCUACAAUGAUGACUUGCCAUACGAUGUCUCGAUAGAUCCAUUGUAUCUCUCCGACCUGCUUCGGAACAAUCUUGUUCUUGACCAGGCCGGAAGAGUGGCUGGCGAAGGAGACGAGAAAGACUGCUUUCUUUGUGCAAAAAUUGAGGAUGAGGACCUGCCAUGGGACCCCGAAGAGCAUGACUGGUAA